AUGGCAAUACGUAUUUUAGUUGGUGUUAAACGUGCUAUUGAUUAUGCUGUGAAAAUACAAGUUAAAACAGAUAAAACAGGAGUUGUUACUGAUGGUGUUAAACAUUCAAUGAAUCCAUUUGAUGAAAUAGCUGUUGAAGAAGCUAUACGAUUAAAAGAAAAAAAAAUUGCACAAGAAAUUAUUGCUGUUUCAUGUGGACCUGCACAAUGUCAAGAAACACUUCGAACAGCUUUAGCAUUAGGUGCUGAUCGAGCUAUACAUGUUGAAAUUUCAGGCAAAGAUUAUGAAAUGUUACAACCAUUAGCUGUUUCAAAGUUAAUUUCUGCAAUUGCAAAAAAAGAAAAUGUGGAUUUAAUUCUUCUAGGAAAACAGGUUAGUUUUACAAAAUCGAAAUAA